AGAAACGGACUCCGUUGACGUUUUAUUUUUAUUUCUCUCGAUCUCAUUUUUAGAUAGGAAAUUCUCCGUUUGCUUCGUGCUCUCUCUGAAUAAUUCAUUUAAGGUAGUAAUUACUAAUGACAACUGAGAAUAGCCCAAUUGAGAAACUGCCAUCUUCUGCAGUUCAAACCCAAGCAAUGGCUUCAUGUCGAAAGAAGAAGAAUGAAGAAGCAACUUUUCUGCAGGAUGUGAGGGAUCACAUUGAUGAAUUCGUCAAUGCUUCUAUGGAAGAACACAAAACUUGCUUUCAGAAGACAAUCAAGAAGAUGUUUGGCAUAUCGAAAGUUGUUGCAGAAAGGACUUCAGAGACUAAGGAAGUAGAAAGUUCUCUGCCUCUUCAGACAACAUUAGCUGAGUAAAACGUGUGGUAUUUUUAUUGUGAUGUACUGAAAAUCUAGAUUAUGGUUAAUGUUGGCUAGGGCGUUAUGUGAAUGUAUAAUUUUUUAAUUUUAUUCGUUAGUCGAAUUUCUACCUUUAUGUUUCCAUGUGCUCGAAAUUGAGUUCCUGUAUGAAACUGAUUUUAGUUUAA